GAAUAAAAAAAAAUUACAACAUGGAUUAUAGUAAAAUUGUGUACAAUAUAAACAACCCGAACAACCCCAACAAUAACACGAUAGAUAACUUGUCUAGGUUUGCAGCAGGUGAUUGGUUGGUGUCCCCAUGUUCACCCACACGUUGAUUUGAUACCUCGUGUGUUUUUGUAAAACGUCAUAAGUAUAUAUGACAAUAAUACAUACUUUUUUUAUGUAUAGCAAUAUCAGUUUGAGCAGUGAGCGUGUGCACACAGCAAUGCUUUGCAGUGUUAAUUAUAUUUUUUUUAAUAUUAAAUUGUUUAAAUUAUUGUUGAAUAUUAUUGUCAUCGAGGCUGCACUACCACCAGGAACUGAAGACGAAAUUGUACUGAUUGAACACUUGCCUGGUAGACAAAUACAUCUUCAGGAUUUUUUUUGGACAAAUGCUGAUGAUGCACCAUCAUGGCUAGAUCCAGAUCAAACAUUAAAUUUUUAUGAAACACGUACAGUACAUCAUACAGCAACGGUUUAUCAAACAGACGAUGAACAAGAUCCUACAAAAUUGCCAGUAUCUGGACCAAUUGAUCCUGGCUGUGUUAAUUGCAUUGAGCCAACAGCAACUUUAAAUGAUCCAGAUCAAGAUAUGGGUGUUCUUGUUGGUGAUGAUCCAGGUCCAAGAUACUGGCUACUGACUGUUCUUCGUCCUGGUGAAAAUGUACCUCCAAAAAUUGAGCUAAAAUUAGCGCGUUUAUAUCGUGCUGCUUUUGCCAGACAACAACAACGUCAUCUUGGACUUUUAUCAAUAGAUCCAAGACUUCGUAGAGCUGCCAAGGGUAUCAUAACAACUGAAAAUUAUAAUCCUAUUAAUAAUGAAAAAAUAAACACCAGUAUAAAUACAGUACAAUCAUCACAAAAAAUAAAUACAACUCAAGUUAAAAAAAUGCGUCAAAUAAAUUUAUCAUCUGGUAACAAGUAUUUUCGUACAAAUAGAGCUUCUGAAAAUUAUAAUAUCAAGCCAACUCAAUCACCACAAUACCCUGAUUAUUCAACGACUAAAACAAAAGAUAAAUUAUCUUCUACAAUUUUAACUUUAACUAAAACCACAACCACUGUAUUCACAGACAAUGAAAUUAUUUUACAAUCACAAAAUCAAGAUUCAACAUCAAAAUUAACAAAUGAUGAUAAUAAUAUUACUGAAAUUACAACACCUGACUAUUUAAUUUUAAAAACAAAAGAAAAUAAUAAUAAAACUUUACAAACUGAUAUAUUUAGUUCUGAAAAAAUAAAUUUAAAUGUACAAAAUAUAUCAACUUUAAUUGUUGCAGAAAAUAUAAAUAAUACUGAUGAUGAUUAUGAUAAAAAUAAAUUAUUGACAAAUAUAACAAGUGAUAGUUAUAAAUUGCAAGUAUCAAAAAUUGAAUUGGUACAAGUAAGAAUGCAAAAUACAAGUAUUCUAGAUGAUGGAUCAACAAGAUUAAUAUAUUCAGUACAUUUAGAUGGUAAACCAGUACCAGCUGAGACAGCUGCUAAAGAUAUGUCAUUACUUUCAUCACAAGAAGUUGCAUUAGAACUUGGUGCACCAGUUAUUAUUCAAAGUGAACCUUAUUUAAAGGUAACACAACCACUUGCUUUAUCAAGAAAAAGAGAUGCUAUUUUACUUGUUGGUGCUGCUGGUGUUUCAUUAAUUAUUUUAAUAAUACUUGCUGCUAUUAUUAUUGUUGUUAAAAAAAAAAAAAUUCAAAGCUCUGUAUCUGCACCACCAACUCAAAGUAUAUUGAAAAAAAAUACAAGUGAAUAUACACCAACAACUCCAGGAUUUGAUAAUACUGGAUAUACAUCUGAAACUGAGGAAAGAACGGAUGGUACCAGUCAGCGACAAACGCCCGGAGGUAAUUCGAGGUCAUUGGAUACUUUGGUAACUCCAAACACUUUGAAUCGAGAAAAUCAAGAUUUGUCAAGUGAAAAUGAUGAAGAAAAUGACGACGUUGAUGAUGAAGAUGACGAUGAUAAAGUUAAAAAAGAUAUUACAACAAAAAGACGAGUUAAUGAUUCAUGGAAUAGCAAAAGUUAUACAAUUUCUGAAAAAGAAAAAAGCUCUGAACAAAGAAAAAUAAUAAGAACGAAUGUUGUGGAAAAAUGUGAAAGUGAUUCAGAGGAUUCAUUGGUUGAUCAGCAAGAUGAAAAAAAUUUAAAAGUCAAUAAAAAUGAAUUUAUUCAAACAAUUGAAGAAACAGGAUCAACACAUUCAUAUUUGUCUAUGCCGUCUUGUAAAUUAUUUCCAAAUAUGAAAAGUGUUGAGCCACUAUCAAAAAUUCUUGAACCAGUCGUUAUACAACCCUUGGAUAUGGAGUUUGAAUCACCCGAGAUGCCAAGAAAAGAAAAUAUUUUCAUCCCAAGAGAUAAUAAACAACUGCAUAGAACAAGAAGUGCAUACAAAGAUCCAGGAGUUAUUGGUCCUAUUGUUUGGGAUCUCAGGAGACAGCAAAAAGCUCUGUCAGAAACACCAAGUCAAGAUGUGGAACGUCAGCAAUUAUCAUCGGGUCCAGUUGGCCGAGCAAGAAGAAGACUUCACGAACUUCUCGAGGAUUCAUUAAAUCUGUUUGGAACGAUGAAGGAUACCAAGAUGAAAGAUCAAAGCGCAGUGUCUUCUACAUUACAUCCAAAUUCAAUGGUAACAUCACCAGACCAUCUCACAAUAAAUUCCGAGUCUCAAGGAAAGUCUACUCAAGUCAGUCCUGUCGAAAGUCCAAUGAACCAAAUGAAAAAUCGUCCACAAACAUCAUUAGCUCGAAAUAUGAUAAAUCAAGAAUUAAUAAUCGAGACUGGGACAAAUGGAGUUCAAGCACGUGGAGCAUGGGGAUCGAGACCUCUGAGUGCUGGUCCAUUUCAUCGACCGAUUCUACCGGAGGUCAAUGUGACAAGAAUACUAACAGACACACAACUUGCACCAGAGGAUCCAGCUGUUCCUCUCAUUGCCGCUAUUAGAAAAGAGCUCGAAAAAUUUACACCAAAUUAAUAUUAUAUAAUUUAACAAAUAAUACAUCAUUUCUAGUCUUUUUUUUUUAAUUAAAAAUUUAUUCAUGUCAUUUUUUUAAAAUUAUUACAACAACCACAGUCAUUGUAUAUUAUGCGCAUUAACUACAAAAAAAAAAAAAUGUUUUAUCAUUGUGAAUUUAUUUUAAAAUAAUUUUACUUGUAAUUUUGAGAAAAAUUUUAGGUUUUCAAUGAGAUAAUUAAAUAAUCAAAUAAAUUGAUAAAUAAUUUAGUAAUUUGUUUAAAAAAUAAUUGAAUAAAUAAUCCAUUUAUUUAAUAAAUAA